AUGGCCGGCAGCUAUAGCCAAACCUUUGCUCACCCGUGCCAAUGCCAAACCUGGGUUUCAGUGGUGCCAGCGGUGGAAAUCUUGUGCUGUGGACAAGUUUUCGUCAGAGAGCGCGUGUGUGUUGGUGUUUCUCGUGUCUCCUUCGGUCACUCGUGCUCUCUCGGUGCCGGUGUGUCGGUGAUGGGCUCCGGCGGGACUCUGCUGGCUCUGCUGAGCGCGGCGCUGCUCCUGCACGUGUCUCUUCAGGGUGAGCACCAGCGGCGGCUCUACAGAGACCUGAUGAAGAACUAUAAUCCUCUAGAGAGACCCGUUUAUAACGACUCUCAUUCGCUGACCGUACACUUCAGCUUCAGCCUCAUGCAGAUCAUGGACGUGGAUGAGAAGAACCAGGUCUUGACAACAAACAUCUGGCUCCAGCUGUAUUGGACAGAUUAUUACCUGCGCUGGAACAUGAGUGAUUACCCCGGCGUGAACACGGUCAGAUUCCCGGAUUCGCUGAUCUGGAGACCCGACAUACUGCUCUACAACAGUGCCGAUGAGAGAUUUGAUGCCACUUUUCACACAAACGUUCUGGUCAACUCGUCUGGAUAUUGUCAGUACCUGCCGCCAGGCAUCUUCAAGAGCACGUGCUACAUCGAUGUGCGGUGGUUCCCGUUUGACGUGCAGCGCUGUGAUCUGAAGUUCGGCUCCUGGACGUAUGGCGGCUGGGCUCUGGAUCUGCAGAUGAUAAACGCCGAUAUCACCGGAUACAUCGCUAACGGGGAGUGGGAUCUGGUCGAGGUGCCGGGCAGGAGGAACGAGAAGUUCUACGACUGCUGUAAGGAACCGUACCCUGACGUCACCUUCACCGUGGUCAUGAGGCGGAGGACGCUGUACUACGGGCUGAAUCUGCUGAUCCCAUGUGUGCUGAUCUCCACACUCGCUCUGCUGGUGUUCCUGCUGCCUGCCGACUCCGGAGAGAAGAUAUCCCUGGGAAUCACAGUUCUGCUGUCCCUCACCGUCUUCAUGCUGCUGGUGGCUGAGAUCAUGCCUGCCACCUCUGACUCUGUGCCUCUGAUUGCUCAGUAUUUUGCCACCACAAUGGUGAUUGUGGGUCUGUCAGUGAUCGCUACAGUGCUGGUGCUGCAGUACCACUAUCAUGAUCCAGACGGAGCGAAGAUGCCCAGAUGGACGCGUGUUCUGCUCCUGAACUGGUGCGCGUGGUUUCUCCGAAUGCGGCGUCCGGGCGAGGAGCGAAUUCGUCUAGCCUGCCAUAAUAAACCGGCCCGGCGCAGCAGUGUGUCCAGCGUGGAGCUGUCCGUCAGCCAGGGGGCGCUGCAGGCCGCCGGCGGGAACAUGCUAUAUUUUGGCUUCAGAGGGAUGGAGGGCAUCCACUACACGGCACACGAAUCGCACAGCGUCCUCUGCAGCCGACUGAUGGCCAACGCUGAAGAAGACGUGCUGUUGCCGGGAGCAGCCAUGCCGGUGCUUGGGGGAGGGGCUCAAAUCAGGGGCGGAGUCACGGGUGGGAUUGUGGGCGGGGCUUUGGAACUAGAACUAGCCAAAAUUUUGGAGGAAGUAAGAUAUAUCGCUAAACGAUUCCGCGACCAGGAUGCGGACGAAAGUGUGUGUAACGAAUGGAAGUUUGCGGCGGCGGUAAUCGAUCGAUUGUGUUUAAUGGCGUUCUCCAUUUUUACCAUCCUUUGCACUAUUGGGAUCUUGAUGUCGGCGCCAAAUUUUGUAGAAGCCAUUUCGAAAGAUUUCUUCACCUGAUUAUUUUAUUUAUUUAUUUAUUUUAUACUAGGAUUGGAAUUUCAUAUAUGAUGUUAACUAGGGCUAAGCGAAAUGCCGAAUUAGAUUUUGCUGAUGAAAAUUCAUAUUACAAUGAUCUAACGCACUUUUUAUUUACUUCAUCUUCCCCUUCUUAGCAUUGAGAUUUAUUUCCAUGAAUGAGUUUUUGUCGAUGAAUCAAUUCAAUGUUGAUUCAUUGAUUUGUUUGUGUCGCUUCAAAAUGUUUACCAAAGUCUUCGUUUUGUUUUAGUAAAGAAAUACAGAUAAAUAUUGCUGUUUAAUUUGUAUAUUAAAGAGAACUAGAACCAGCACAAAAUUCUGGAGGAAGUGAAAUAUACCGCUAAAUGAUUCUGCGACCAGUAUGCAAACAAAAGUGUGUGUAACGAAUGGCGGCGGUAAUCAAUCGGUGUGUUUAAUGGCGUUUUCUAUUUUUACCAUCCUUUGCAGUAUCGGGAUCCUGAUGUUGAAGAAGCCAUUUCGAAAGAUUUUUUCACCUGAUUAUUUUAUUUUAUUGAUCUAUUGUAUAUUGAUAUUGGACUUUAUGAUGCUAACUAAGGCUGAGCGAAAUGCCGAAUUUGAGUUUACUGACGAAAAUAAGUAUUACAAAGAUUUUAUGCACUUUUUAUUCACAUCUUCCUCAUCUUACUAUUUCAAUUUAUUUCCAUGAAUGAGUUUUUGUAAAUGAGACAAACUUACGGAAGAUAUGCAGCAAAUUGCCGUAACAAUUUCGCAACCAGGAAAAAACUUGAAACUUUUGUGCGGCAUUGACUGAUCAAUUGUCUAAUGCAGUUCUACGUUUUAAAAUCUUGAUAUCGUCACCAAAUGUCAAAAUUCUUACAAUUAGUUUUUUCCUGUUUUCAUCUGAUGCCAAAUGAUUUUACCAAAUAUGCCUCAUUAUUUAGCUUUUUUUUUGCACACUCAACAACCAAUAUUUUUUUGAUAGAGCCUUAAUAGAUAUACUAAUUUAACAUGCUAACUAGUGAGGAGUGAUCUAUUGAAAUGUAAUUUUGCUGGUCAAAAAUUUGUAUUAUUAUAAUGUUUUUAUGCACUUUUUAUUGGUCCUUAUUUUCCUCGUCUUCAGUUUAAUGCCAUUAAUACGUUUUUAUUUUGUGUCACUCCAAAACAUGGUUCAUAUAUUCAAAUAAUGGAGACAUUUUACAUACAUUAUGACUAAGAUAUUUAGGUGCGCAACUAUGAUGCUAACUUGACAUAUAAUAUAUAUCGAAUAGCAAUAUCACAGCAGUAUCGCAAUGAUU